CGCGUGAGACUUUUCCCUCAUUUUGAUCGGAACUUCCGGUAAUACUCACCAUGUUCUCCGCCCCUCCACAUUCAAUGCGAUGGGCGUUUCCAAACAAAAGACAUCAGGGCACUUCAAAAUGGGAGAGAGCUUCCAUGAACAGCUGCAAAUAGACAGCCGCUUCCUGAAAUCAGACCGACGUCUAGAUACAGAACUGGUGGAUAAACUCAUCCUGCAGCUCAACAGAAUCUACCCACAGAUCCUGACUGACAAGGAGGCCUCCAAGUUUAGGGAUUUGGAUGUGCCCACCUGUAUCAGGCUGGCGGAGCUGCUGAAUCAUCUGCAGGAGAAAGGAGAGGAGGCAUGUCGAGAGUUUUACCGCGCACUGCACCUCCACGUGGAGGACGUUUAUUUCAGUUUACCCACACGCCUCCGACUCAGAGAGUCUGGGGAACCAGUUGUCCCAAUCACGAGUCCCAAGGACAGAUAUGUAAUGAAUGACCAUAGUCCGUUCUUCUUCCUGAGUUGUUUCAGUGUGGCUGUAGGAGCAGCUCUGCUCUAUUACUAUGGUGAGUCCAAGCAGGUGUCAGGCUCCAGCAGCGCUCUGGGUCUGGCUGCGAUGGGUCUCAGUAGAAAAGUGCGGGACGUUCUCAUCUGGUACACAGAAGAUGGGAAGUGAUGGCUUUUUUGCUGCCUUAAAAAAUUAUUUAGACACAGCAAUUGAUUCUGAAAUACUCCGUUAUCCUUGUCAAAUAUAUACAAAAAUAUUUUAAUUCCGCUUUUAAAAAAUAUGUACAUACUAUGUAUAUAAAGAAAUUCAUGUUAGAAUUCAGAAAUAAAAUGACAGAAUUCCAAAGAUAAAAUCCUUAUAAAUCUGGAAUCUCUUGUAACAAUUUAAAAUAUAACCCUUUAAAUAUUUAUAUAACUGCUAAUAUCUUUGAUCAAACAUAACAGCCAUUGAAAUAAUAGCCAUUUAUAUGCAAUGCCAAGGGCAGGAACUCAUUACUUUUAAGAAAAGUUGUAUAGGAACCAAACUUCCUACUUGCACUAAAGUAUUUAACAGAGCUGCUCUGUUAAUGUUGCUGCAACCCUCAUUUUAUUUGUGCAUUUGUUUUGUUGUACUUUAAAAAUAGACAUCAAACUCAUUUAUAUAUUAUUUAUACUCAGUAUCUUCCAGUUCUCACAGACUCGGGAUUUGCCAAGAGAUUAUAGAAGUAAAACAUGGACGCAGAGGUUUAUAAUUCACUACACCAUUUAGCAAAUGCAAAACUGGGAAACCUGACAAAUCAAAUAGAUCAAGGCAUCAGAAUAUUUUGAAACAAAAGACAUUAAAGACUACAGGUAAACUUAAAGUCUGGUACCUUGGAGUAUUAGGAGUUUGUUACUUUAUAAUACCUUCUUUGUGGGCUAAGAUUUCAACAAAUAUGUUUAUAUUGUUUGCUUACUUUUAUACUAGCAGCAUGUUUGUACUGGUUUGUGUACUAAUAAUUCAUCUUGUCAGUUUACUCGUGUGGCCUUGUUUCUGCAGUGCAAUUGUAAGUGUUCUGUAAAUUUUUUGGCCUGGAAACUUUCAGGUGAAUUUGCUAAUUUGGCACAUUCACAGUAGUUAACUGAGAAACUAUAUAUUUUUUGUUAGGGGUUAAAAAGUUAUUUGGCUAAAUAAAGUGUGUAACUGUUGCAAAUGUA